UCUUUAAAUCAGUUUGUGUUAUUGGUUAAAAAGAAAAAAAAAUGAUUCUUUCUGAAUAUUCCAUUGUUAUUGUUACAUUGUGAUAUCGGUUUUUUAUGGUUGAUUUAAUUGUUCUUUAACUUAGAAUCAACUAGAAAAAAUCCUGAAUGAAUUAAUAUUAACAGAAAUUGCAAUUAAACAGUUAAACGAUGCGUUUUAGAGUUCAGUCAGGUUUUCAUUACUAGCUAUCGCAAUCAUUUCAGCAAUUUCAAUUGUCCCUUUACAUACAUACACAUACAUAUACACUUGCUAGGGUUUUUCUGUAUCCCAACCUACUGAAACUGUAUCAACCAAAUUCUCGGUCUAUUUUGCAUUUCUUUACAUUCAACUUCAAUCAGGUUGUAUGAGCUUGGAAAUCAAUCAAGUUAGUUCCUUUUGAAACGCUGUUUGAGCUUGGAAAUUAUGGGUUCCAUUACUGGUGAGAUUAACUUUACAAAAAGUGCAAUGUUGGAUGAAAGCAAGUUUGAUGAGCAUCUUAAAUUGUGGGCACUUCGAAUUCCUCGCGAACAUUGCCAGGUUUCCACUCGGAUAUUGAAAGGAUACUUGCUUGACAGACCCCACAUCAAACCUAUUGCUGAAGAUCCAACAUGUGAAAAAAAUCGUUUUCUAAUAUUAUCUGAAAAGGUUCAAAAUACUGAUUUAUCAGAUAUUCCAGGCCAAAAACUUGAUGAAUUAGAAGCACUAUGCAAGAUCGAAGUAGUUCCACAUUCCUUGACUCUUGGAUAUUCCUGUUGGGGUGCAGACCACGUGUUGAAGCAGAUUCUUCCUUCUGGAGUUGAGGUACCUUCAUCUUUUGAAACAAUCACCUUCUUUUAUUGUCACAUUGCCCAUCUAAAUAUUACCGAUGAAUUGCUUCCUUACAAGGAUGUUAUUGCGAAGGUUAUUUAUGAUAAAAAUCAUCCCAGAAUCAAAACAGUUUUUAAUAAGGUUGGAAAUAUUACUAAUGAGUUCUGUGUGCCAAAGUUCGAAAUCCUGGCUGGAAAAGAUGAUAUGAUCACAGAAGUGAAGCAAUACAGGGCAACUUUCAAGCUUGACUACAGCUUGGUCUAUUGGAAUUCAAGAUUGGAACAUGAACAUAGAAGGCUGGUUUCUCAGUUCCGAGCAGGGGAGACCAUUUGUGAUAUGUUUGCUGGCAUCGGUCCAUUUACUAUUUCAGCAGCACAGAAAGGAUGCCUAGUGUAUGCAAAUGACUUAAAUCCCGACAGCGUUCGUUUUUUGAAGAUUAAUGCAGAAAUUAACAAUGUUAAUGAUCGUGUUUGUGCAUAUAAUAUGGAUGCGAGGAAAUUCAUUUCUCAAUUGAUUUCAGUGCCUGCUUCUGAGACUAAUCCAGAAUUGAAGGUUCCUGUUCUCAAAGCUAGUGAGAAUUGCACCGUACAGUCAAAUGACGAUACAAAGUCCGAGGACAUAAAGCCUGCAGGUGAGGCAGAAGAAAUAACAGGUAACAGUUUAAGCGAUCUGGAGGGUGUUGAAGGCUCGUGUAUGAAUGUGGAUGCAAGGGCAACUGCAGUCAAAAGAUGUUCCAGAAGUUGUCAGGAAGUUUCUGCUGGAGAAGUUAGACGAGCUAAUGGAGCUGUUGUUUGUGUAGCUGGUAGGGUAAAAGGAGGCACAAUUAAGCAAAUGAGAGGCUUCGAAGCAUUUGAUGCUAGGCUUUGGGAGCAUGUUGAUCACUUUAUUAUGAAUUUACCUGCUUCUGCUCUACAAUUUCUUGAUGCAUUUAGAGGCCUUAUCCAGAGGAGAUAUUGGAAGGGUCCUUUACCUUGGAUUCACUGCUAUUGCUUCAUGCGAUCCAGUGAGACAAAAGAACUGAUAAUUUCAGAGGCAGAGUGUACCUUGAAUGCUAGUAUACGCGAUCCAAUAUUUCAUAGGGUUAGAGAUGUUGCUCCAAACAAGGCAAUGUUUUGUUUAAGCUUUAGGUUGCCGGAGGAGGCGUGCUUCGAUGAAGACAUGACCAAUGGUAUCCUCUCUGCUGAUGGGGAGUCAUAAGCAGUGGUUGGCCAUGUGACCAUAUUCUAUUUUUGUGCUUGAAGUUGAUAGUUUAGUUCAGUGUUUCAGAGCGUACCUCAUUCCUCUCUAUCACAUUUAUCUAUUUUUGUCGAUGGUAAAUUUCUGUUUAUUCACUUAGUGUUUUUUUUAAAGCCUUCUAAUGUAUGUUUAGUCUGCGUGGGUGUUAAUUAUU